CUUUGUUACUAGCAGGAUCAUCUCUCUGUUACUAGAUGAUAUCACCAUGAUGAGUAAUCGUAUGUAUGAUUAUAUUGCUUUUCUUUGUAGAUCAAAUCCAUCAAAGAGACCUCAAUGAAAUCUACCAGAGAGUAGCAGCCAAGUUGCAGCAAGAGGAUUCUCUUUCGCAUCAGAAACAAAGAUCAGAUCAGUUUGAGAAAUUGAAACGAGGCAAGACAGUGUUGGAGGGAAUGCUACGUUUCCUAUCUCUUUCAAAGAGCAAUAUCAAACCUGACUUGAAGGAUAGUAUGGAUUAUCGCAAGAACAACAUUAUGAAUUUCUUAAAUAUGCAGAGUCUGAGGAAGACAGUACAGAAACUGCAGCUUACGAAAUCUGAGAUUCAGCCUAUGCAGCAACCACUAUCUCAGACAGUUCAAGAUCAGUCUCAUGAUGACCAAACAACUCUGCAGAUGCAAUCAAUGAGCAUGCAGGGUGCUGGGUCAAGGGUACAACAGAUCAGGCAAGGUGUACUUCAAUCCCUUGAAAUUGGCACUCCAGGGAUCUCUGCCUCUCCUCUCCUUCCGGAGCUUACCAGUCCUGAUGGAAAUAUUAUAAAUCCUUUGACAAGUACUUGUGGAAAAUCGAGUGCUACUGAGCUGCCUAUUGAACGCCUUAUUAGAGCCAUGAAAUCCAUCUCACCACAAGCGCUUUCGUCUGCAGUAUGUGAUAUUAGAUCUGUUGUAAGCAUGGUUGAUAGGAUUGCUGGUUCAGUACCAGGCAAAGGUUCAAGAGCUUCAUUUGGUGUGGACUUGGUUGCAAUGACUAAGUGCCAUCUCCAAGAAAGAAACUUCAUGACGCAAGAUGGCGACCAUGAAAAGGAAGCGUCAGACAACCCCAAUGCCAUCAAGUGUUGCUUCAUUGGGAGGAAAGCGUUGGUAAUAGCUACAAGCAUUUUGCUGGUUUGGUAACAUCAGAUAUGGAAUCUACUGUGACUUGUGGUGGCAAGAAGCCAAGAACUGAGGUAUGGUUUUCAGUUACACUUCCCUUAGGUAUAUCUGAAAAUUGACACACACACAACAGAUAAAAUUUGGAAGCACAAUGUUUUGUGUGCUCUAGUGUAGACUGUGUAGUGUCCUGAGCUCAAGAUCUUUC